CUGAAAAGGAAUUGGAGGGAAAAUCCCUAAAUUAUUUCUUCUCUGGAAUCAUUUUCUUCAUAUCUUCCCGUGCGACGAUUCAGAAUCAGAUCCAAAAGCCCCUCUCUCUUCCGCGGAAUCUCUUCCUCCCAAUUUGUUCAUCCCGCAAGAUUUCGGUGUUGGGUUUCUUCGGAGAUGUUUUCCGGUAGCCAAUUCGAGCCGAACUCCGCCUUCUCCGGCGGCGGAUUCAUGUCUUCUCAGCCCUCUCAGGCAUAUGAUUCAUCUCCCUCCACCGCAAAGAAUCGUGAAUUUCAGGGGCUUGUACCGGUGACAGUGAAGCAAAUAAUGGAAGCUUUUCAGUCCGGUGGCGAUAAAUCGGGACUUGUCAUCAAUGACAUUGCAGUGACAAAUGUUACACUGGUUGGGCUAGUGUUUGAAAAGAAUGACACGAAAUUCACUGAAGUUAGCUUCGCUCUUGACGACGGAACCGGGAAAAUUGACUGUAAAAGAUGGGUGAAUGAAGCUUUUGAUACAAGAGAAAUGGAGAUGGUGAAAGAUGGAACGUAUGUCCGUCUCAACGGGCAUUUGAAGAGCUUUCAGGGGAAGAAGCAGCUUCUAGUUUUUUCUGUGAGGCCUAUUACAGAUUUCAACGAGGUCACUUUUCACUAUAUCGAGUGUAUACACUUUUACUCCCGGAAUUCUAAAUCACAGCAAGUCGGUAGUGUCACUCAAUCCCCAAUGGCGAAUUCAUCUGUUAAUGCUACUUUUCAAGGUGGAUCAAACACAAUUCAAGCAGCUUCAUCGAAUCAUGUCUCUUCUCAAAACGAAGGGGGUGGCCGAAAGAAUCUGGAUGAAAUGAUUCUUGACUAUCUAAAGCAGCCAUCUUGCACUGAUCAACAACAGGGGAUACACCUGGAUGAAAUCUCCCAGCAGUUGAAGAUUCCCAAGAACAAGCUAGAGAACGUCAUUCAUUCUCUGGAAAGCGAUGGUUUAAUAUAUUCGACCAUUGAUGAAUUCCACUUCAAGCAUGUCGAGCUUUGACAAGAAACCCAUCUAAUUGGGUUUAAAGGGUAGAGUCAUUUCCCUCAAUUGCUAUCAAAGGAAUGUAGAUACAGUCACAUGGUAUUUGCUGGUGAAUCUAAGGUUUUUUUCAAUGUCAGAAACUAGGAUCUCAAUGAAACUUUCUCUUGUAUCUUCUUUUGUUUCUGGUUUCCAGUUCAACAAUGUCAUCAUCUGGUUCUCUUCUCUGUUUGCACUUAGAAAGUCACCUGUUUUCAGCAAUAUUCAUCA